AAUGUCAAAGCAUCUGUCACGAAACAUGUCAAUAUAACCUUAAAGUUUUUACAAAGCAAAAAUAGAACUUCCAAUCAGCAUUGUUUUUAUUAAAAUCGUCCGAUAUGAAAGUUAACAUCGAACAGAUUUACACAUCGGUUGCAUGUAAUCGUAUUCCAGAAAUAGCCGACUGGAAUAAUGGCGGUAUUGUUUGUUUCGGAGCUACAAACGCUGUAGUUGUUUACGAUACGGAACAUAAAGGAAAAAAUCCAUUAAAAGUUUUCAGUUACCACAAAUCUAAAGUGAACUCAGUGAAAUGGAUAUAUAAGGAAAAUGGCACUUGUACCGAGUUUGUGUCUUGUUCAGCGGAUAAAACUGCUGCAAUAUGGAGCCUAGUGGAUGGUGUCUGGUGGGUAACAAGUUCACUGGUUGGCCACACAGAUGGCAUUACUUGCAUCCACAGCAUUUACACAAAUGGAGAGGAUCUGGUUGUGUACACUGGUUCAAUAGAUUCCACUGUAAAAGUGUGGGAGCGCUCUAAUGGUGUGGUGUCCUUAAAACAAACAAUAAAUUUAAAUUCGGGUUUAUGUUUGACCCUGUAUGCACACAAUCUGCCAGCAGUCAAUCAGCCGGUUCUGUUCUGUGCACUGGAUGACCACAAGAUACACAUAUUUGCUGGAGAGGAAUAUCAUAGAGUGCAUGUGCUGGUGGGACAUGAGGAUUGGGUCCGAGGACUUGAUGUGUUAGAUGUUGAUGAGAACUCAGUGCUACUGGCAUCUGCAUCACAAGAUACAUAUAUCCGUUUGUGGCGGAUCCAUUUGCAUACAGAAGUGGAGACCACAACAGAGAUACGAGUGGAACAGAAACUCUUCCAUGCUUACGGGAAAGAUUGGUCUGUGAAGUUAGAAGCAGUACUGGCUGGACACGAAGGCUGGGUGUAUGGAGUGCAGUGGCAUCCAAUGAGAUAUGACACAAAAAACAAAAGAAAUGUCCCAGUUUACCGACUAUUGUCAUCAUCUCUUGACAAAACUCUGAUAAUUUGGGAGCCGGAAUCUACAGAGUUGGGAGAAGGGGCGUGGGUGGAGAGAGUCCGCGUGGGAGAGGUGGGGGGCAAUGGGCUGGGUUUCUAUGGCAGUCGUUUCGGACCCAAUGGAAAAUCCUUCCUUGGACAUGGCUAUAAUGGAUCUUUUCACAUUUGGACAUUGAAUGAGGAGACAAGUCAGUGGGAACCCCAAGUGGUGUGCGGAGGUCACUUCGGCAGUGUGGAAGACGCGCGCUGGGAACCUGACCGCGGACGGUACCUACUCAGCGUCAGCGCAGACCAGACCACCAGAUUGCAUGCGCCUUGGACUAUGUCUGAUGAUGUUGGUGUGGAGUGGCACGAGGUGGCGCGGCCGCAGGUGCACGGCUACGACCUGGCCUCCAUAGCGCCCCUCACAGCCACCACAUUCGCAUCCGCUGCAGAGGAGAAAGUCAUCCGGGUCUUCCAGGCACCUCACAACUUCCUACAAAACUUUCAUAAUAUUGUCGGCGAAAAGUUGGUAGAGGAAGAAAUAGGUGGUCCCGAAGGAGCGUCGGUGCCUUCCCUGGGUCUAUCUAACAAGGCGGUGUUCAACGGUGAAGAAGGCGACACCGGGAACAAAGACGAUAACGAUGGUUACUUCGUUCCUGUACAUUUGAACGCGCCCCCCAGCGAGGAGAUGCUGAUGCAGAACACGCUGUGGCCGGAGCGGCGCAAGCUGUACGGGCACGGGCACGAGGUGUUCGCGCUGGCCGCCGCGCCCGACGCCCGCCUGCUCGCCUCCGCUGCGCGCGCCAACGCCCAGGAACACGCCUCAGUGCUCAUAUGGGAAACAACGAACUGGCAACAAAUACAGAAGCUGGUAUCACAUACGUUGACAGUAACUCAGCUAGCGUUCUCACCGGACAGUCAACAGCUGCUAUCUGUGUCCCGGGACCGAAAGUGGACCUUAUACCAAAGGCAACAAGGCAUGGAUACAUUUGAGAUGUCCGCGUGCACGGACAAGAGUAACGGCGUACAUACCAGGAUAAUCUGGUGCUGCGCCUGGGCUAAGGAUGGUCAGGUGUUUGCUACUGGAUCUAGAGAUGGCAAGGUUUGUGUUUGGCACAAAACGGACGAAUUGACCUCCACAUCAUUGAAAUACCACAGCCUUUGCGGCAAACCAUUAGAACUGGCAAAUACAUCUGUGACGGCAAUCGACUUUGCACCCUUCAAUGUCGACACUAAGCGGAUACUUGCUACUGGUUUCGAAUCUGGUGUUAUCAGGAUAUACAGCUUUUGUAUCGACGGAUGGUGCUUAUUACAAGAAUUGGAUAAUAGUGCUGCUCAUCACUUAACCGUUAAACGGCUUAUGUUCAAUCCAAAAAUGUCGAAAAGUGAAUCCAGCAAGAGGGCGCUACUAGCGAGCUGCGGAAGUGACAACUUUGUGAGAAUACACGGUGUCACUAUAUCAAUAUAACAAUAAAUAUA